UUAAUUACAGUUUGAUUUGGUGGCGCCGACCGAAGCAUGCAUCAUGUUAAGCUUUUGACGUUACGAAUUAUUAUAAUAGUGGCUGUGUUAAUAACAUUAGGUAGUAUUGAAUAUAUAAAUGGAUGUGAUAAUUAUAACAUUGAUUAUAGAGCGGAUCGAAACUAACUCUAGCUUUGUCUCUCUCCCAAUUGCCCCGAGUUUAAGAGCAAAUGAUUUGCAUUGGCGUCUGAAAAGGACAAGAAGGAAUACCUGGCAUUUAUAGACGCGCCGAUUCCCGCCAAAUGGCACGAGAGAUGCGGCUGAAUAUUUCAUGGAGUGGUAGUCCAUAGGUGCUUCUCGGGAUUACGGGAACGUGGGAGUCUGAGAUCUGAAUAACAGACACGAUAUUGUUAAUACAUCGACUACCAAUGGAAAGACGGAGAACGACUCGAAUGCAAAGGCUGGCGCGGGGAAGACGGAUCCGGAGGAACAAGGAAGAGGCGUAAGAGGAGAAGGGCCCUCACAGGGAGCGCCACGCGAGUGCGAGAGGAGGGAGGAUUGCAAGCGGCGGCUCCUCCUCGACGUGACUUAUCAGGGCGGUGUUCCUGCCGCUCAUCGUCUGGAUCCUCUUCAGGCUUACAUCCGCGCCUUAGAAUCCACAGUGCCAGGGUUCCAUCACAGCUUACCUUGUCCUCUGGAUAAGUCACGUGUCAUCCAAAUAUUAGAAGUUCAGCAAAGUCUUGAAAAAGAGUGUUUUAGUGGGCCAUGCAAAUUGGAAAUUCAAGCAAUAUAACAAAUAUUUGAACAUAGUGAAUGCUAAAUAGACAAAGGUAGUCAUGACUCCCCCUCUAUUGCACUCCCGCCGCCCGCACUGCGUGUCGGCCUCCGUGCGCCAUGUCUACACGGCUCUCUCCCGCACGCGCCCAUUCGCGGCCUCCAGCCGGCGGACGCAGAGCGCGCCAACCCCGCCCACUCACGGCAUUUGGGGGGACUGCGGGUUGGGGCUAGCGAUGCUUGUGUAUCGCAGCAUAGGCUUGUGGGCGGCCGUGGGCGUGCCGUAUAUUGUAGGCAUUGUGGCUGGGCCAGUUGCGGGGCCAGCUGUUACGUCAUCGCUCCUAGUGGCAGCUGUUACAUCACUACUCACAGGUUUCUGCUUCGCAGAGUUGGUUACAUGGAACGGACAAUCCUCAGGUCACCUAUACACAGUGACUUACCAGCUGGUGGGGGAGUUCGUGGCUUACCUGCUGGGGGUCAUCAACACGAUGUUCACGGCCGCCGCACUCGCCGCCGUCAGUAAGGCACUGUCCGGGACGAUGGACUAUAUGACUGGCAGGAAGGUGGAGGCGUUCGUGGGGCGUCUUAUAGGCCGCCUCCCAUGGACGCAGGGCGUCCCAGACGUGAUCGCGGCGGGCGCCUCCCUCUCGGUGGCUGUCCUACUGGCGCUGGGCCUCGAGCAAUCUGGCUUCCUAAGAGCCAGCAUGGGCGUCACAUCAGUGCUAGCGCUUCUCUUCUUUCUUGUCGUGGGUGGAUCCCACACUGAGCAGAACACCGCCCAUUUGCACCACGCCAUCUCUUCGGAGUUACUGGCCGGUGCAGCAGUAUGCAUGGUGCUAUACUGCAAUUUUUACGAGACAGGUCGACUGGUGAAGCAGCAGCGCCGCCCUCAGCGCGCGCUCCCCAUCGCCCUCUCCGUGAAUACCGGCCUCGCCUUCCUUGCCUUCUUCGCCCUUGGCAUCGUGCUAACGCUCAUGACAGGGAACGUGAUUCCACCGCAGGGCGCCCCGCUUCUGCAAGCACUGGAGCGACGUGACGUGGGAUGGGCUCGUCUUGCAAUGGGAUGUUUCCAGGUAAAUGCGAGUCCCCCCCCCCUCUAA